AUGUGUAAAUCAACAUCUCGUGUUAAUACGGCCGUGCUCCACUAUAUGGAUUCAUUAAGAAGUCAACGAAGAGCUAUAGCUCCUCAUGAUAUCUCCCUCCUUGACGAUAGCGAGGCGGUUUUUGACGAUCAAGUGCUCACAAAUUGUGAGUAUAUGGCUGGAGAAUUUUUGAAGGAAAUUUUGGAUGUUAUAGAUGAGGGAAAUUCGUCUUCGGGUUCGUCUGUACAGAUGGAUCGCUCCGAGUCUUCUUAUACGGAUGUUGGAUUGUCUUCCGAUGAAGGAUUACAAAGUGACUACAGCUGGCAUAGUGACAUGGGCCAUUACGAUCUUGAUGGAAUGGAUGCGGUGCCCAUGGCUGGACAUUUCGAAGAAUUUCAAUGUAAUACUUUCGAUAUCGACCCUAACACACCUCCACAGUGGCAGGAUGUCGAUCAGUAUUACGACGAACUAAUGCGAUUAGAGGGAGAAGAGAACUUAUAG